UCACAUUUCGAUUUCACGCUAACCACACCUCCCGUUUCCCGCUUGCUCGUAGCUCCUCCCAUAUCCCUGCUCAGUGUCCCGGAUGUUACCGCCGCUGGAGCUCUUGCGCAUGCUCGACCCGGGAGGGUUUGUUGUCUGCGGCCUGUGCCGCUCGGAGAAACCCGGGAGGUGGAGCGGAGAUCCGUGCCUGUCCCCGUACGGCGGCCCUUCACGGUGCGGGCCUCAGGGCUGGAGGAUUAAGGAGGCCAGAGCUGAGGAAUCCGAGAAGGUGUCCGGCUGGAAGAAGGCCCGACAGCUGAAACGUUGAAGUGAGAAGUGUAACCGGAUCCUGGCAACAAUAUGUCCAUCACCAGCACCCCCACCAGCAAUGACGCUUGUCUGAGCAUCGUCCACAGCCUCAUGUGUCACCGCCAGGGGGGCGAGAGUGAGACUUUUGCUAAGAGAGCCAUCGAGAGUUUAGUAAAGAAGCUGAAGGAGAAGAAGGAUGAAUUAGAUUCACUGAUCACUGCGAUUACUACAAAUGGCGCACAUCCCAGCAAAUGUGUCACCAUCCAGAGAACACUAGACGGCCGGCUUCAGGUUGCUGGCAGGAAAGGUUUCCCUCACGUCAUCUAUGCCCGUCUCUGGAGGUGGCCGGAUCUUCACAAGAACGAACUGAAACAUGUGAAAUAUUGUCAGUAUGCGUUUGAUCUGAAGUGCGACAGUGUGUGUGUCAACCCUUAUCACUAUGAGCGGGUUGUUUCCCCUGGAAUAGACUUGUCGGGGCUAACCAUUCAAAGUACAGCUCCGUCUGGCUUAUUGGUGAAGGACGAGUAUGGCCAUGACUAUGUGGAAGGACAGCAGAGCAUUUCCUCUUCUGAUGGGCAUUCAAUACAAACCAUCCAGCACCCACCAAGUAACAGGUCAUCUAGCGAGAGCUACAGCAACUCCUCACUGCUGGCAUCUAGCGAGCCCAGCACCCCCAACGCCUCCACCUUCUCUAGCAUCCCCGUCCCUUCAACAAGUCAGCCGACCAGUUUGUUGGCAGCGUCACACGGUGAGGGAUUGCUGCAGAUCGCCUCGGUGCCUCCUCAGGGGACACAACAGAACGGCUUCAGUGCUCAGCCAGCCACAUAUCAUCACAUAGACAGUACCACCACCUGGACUGGAAGUAGAACAGCACCUUACACCCCCAAUAUGUCUCACCACCAGAAUGGACAUCUUCAGCAUCAUCCACCCAUGCCCCAUCCUGGACAUUACUGGCCUGUGCACAAUGAGCUCGCAUUCCAGCCUCCGAUCUCUAAUCACCCAGCUCCUGAAUAUUGGUGCUCUAUCGCGUACUUUGAAAUGGAUGUUCAGGUGGGAGAAACGUUCAAGGUCCCAUCGAGCUGCCCCAUUGUUACUGUCGACGGUUAUGUGGACCCAUCCGGUGGUGAUCGGUUCUGCUUGGGACAACUGUCCAAUGUUCACAGGACAGAAGCCAUUGAGCGAGCAAGGUUACACAUAGGGAAAGGCGUCCAGCUGGAGUGUAAAGGAGAAGGUGACGUCUGGGUGCGAUGUCUCAGUGAUCAUGCAGUGUUUGUACAGAGCUACUACCUGGAUAGAGAGGCAGGACGAGCCCCCGGGGACGCAGUCCACAAGAUAUAUCCCAGCGCUUACAUUAAGGUAUUCGACUUACGUCAGUGUCACAGACAAAUGCAGCAGCAGGCAGCGACGGCGCAGGCAGCAGCCGCAGCUCAAGCGGCAGCAGUAGCCGGGAAUAUACCUGGUCCAGGAUCUGUGGGUGGGAUUGCUCCAGCAAUCAGUCUUUCUGCAGCUGCAGGUAUCGGAGUAGAUGAUCUCCGAAGACUUUGUAUCCUGCGGAUGAGCUUUGUGAAGGGCUGGGGUCCAGAUUACCCUAGACAGAGUAUAAAAGAGACCCCUUGCUGGAUAGAAAUUCACUUACACCGCGCUCUCCAGCUCCUGGAUGAAGUCCUUCACACCAUGCCCAUCGCAGACCCACAGCCCCUGGACUGAUGAGUCAAGACACCAUCAGAUGUAUCGGUUACACUGUCUGGAUGGCGGACUAAAAAUCGGUCAUUAUUUGUAAUCAUGAAAAUAUAUAAAUAGAUAUAUAUAUAUAUAUAUAAAUAUAUGCACAUAUCAUCUUCCGCUUACUCCAAGUCAGGGUGGAAUUCAACAUUUUUUUUCCUGGUCCCCUUUUUUGCUGCAUAACAGCAUUUUUAUUUUUCUUUGCUGUGGAAAUUACAUAGAGUUUUGGGUACUGCUGACUUCAUGAAUAGGAUGUGAAGGCGUCACCAAUGCCUCGUGGAGAAUAGCGGCAGCCGCCUUCAGACCAGGACGUGUUGUGCUCUUCUACCCAGCUCCAUCUUGCUGAGCUUUACCACUUUGGUAUUUGCCCAGAAAAUUAGGGAAACUUUACUAAAGUUCUGUCAACUUUUUAAUUUUUUUUUUAUUUGUUUUAAAUUCUUUUUGCUCCCCCCACACCAGUAAUUUCAUAAACAAUGGGAUGGAUGGAUUUAAAGGGGCCCCCUAAUAGACCUUAUAUCUACCUGCGCAUAUGGAUUCAAUUAAUUGUUCUGUUAUCAACCACAGAGACUUUCUGAUAACUGAAGUGGUGUCCCUAAAUAUCCCGGCCCCUCCGUGAUCACUACAGUAUGUCCUUCUGUCCUGUUUUGCCUUUAUUUGUGAAUGUCCGUUCUCUUUUUUUUCUAUGAUGCCGAUUUUACAUGUCACAGCAUUAAAGCUCACCGUGUCUAAUUCUCAUCCUAAAUACAGAUUUGAAGAGUAGAUUCAUACACUAAGCGGAUUAUCUGCAGAUCCCUCAAAUGUUCAAUGCCUGUCUGUAAGUCGUGAUCAUGCAAUUCUUUUUAAUUUAUUGCCAUAUUUGACAGGGCUCGCUGUAUCCAAGGAACCAGCACUGGCACAAAGCGGAGGGAGCUUUAUUAUAGAGUUCGGAUGUUAUCGUCUUUGAGGCAUAAGGCACCUUCCUGCUUCUGUUCUGUAAUGGGAACUUGUUCCUCCUUUGUUGGGGUUAUCCAAAUUUUUUUCCACCGUGUCCUUGUCUUGCAACAUGAAAUGGUUAAACCUGACUUCUAUAUACUGUGUCAUGGAAUUGGAGGUGAUGUACACUGAAGACUUGUAAGGCUAGAUUCACUCUACGGAAUUUCUGCCUGCAAUUCCGCUUUUAAAUUGCAGGCAGAAAUUCCGCUUAUUAAAAUGUCUAGUGUAGUGAAUGGGUUUCCGUUCACAAAUUCACACUUGGGAAUUUGUGAACGAAAAUUCCGCUUUAAAAUUUCUCGCAAUUUGUGAACGGAAAAUUCCCUUAAAAAAAAUUCUCAAAAUACUCGCGGAUCACAUUGCAGUCUAUUGGAGACUGCAGUGUCCGCACGGUCCUAGUGCCGACUGAUUCAGCCGGCUUUGGCCGCACUCGGCAUCUCCGGGUGGAAAUUUUCUGCCCAGAGAUUCCGCAGUGUGAACCUAGCCUUAUACUACACCAUGUUAAUGUGCGCGCCUCAUUGUUUUACCUUUUUUUUAACGUUUUGGAUUCAGUCCAACCUAUGGCUCUCCCAGCCGUUGCAAAACCUGCUGGGAGUUGCAGGUUUGCACCAGCUAGAGCAGUGUUUCCCAACCAGGGUGCCUCCAGCU